AGUACACAACUAUGCCCCCACGAAACUAGCUGGAUCCGAGGGAAUCCCAAUUCAAGAUUGAAGAUUCCAUCAGUUAAGCAAAUCCCAUUGACUUUGUUAUAUAUUUUUUUUGAUGAACUUUAAGAGUGGACAAAAAUAUUCUGAACCGGAACCAAAAAAAACCAUUAGAUUAGAUUUGAGGAACCAAAGAUCUUGCUGCCGGUGGUGGUUCUCCAAGUAUACAGCAAAACUUUCUGGAAAACCCAGGAAACAAAUUCUUGAUGGCCAGUUGGUAAUUUUGAGAAAAUCAUUUCCUCUGCCAUGGUAAUAUGGAUUUAUCUGAUAGUAUUUUCUUCGUCACUUCACCGAGUGAGGGGAUUUUCUUAAGGGGGCUAAAAAUGUAUGUGGUAGAGAGCAAAGGAGGCGCCAUAGCUUGCAUGCUUCUAGCCCUCCUCUUCUUGGGGACAUGGCCAGCUAUCUUGACCCUUUUAGAGAGAAGAGGCAGGCUGCCACAGCACACUUAUCUUGAUUAUUCAAUCACCAAUCUCUUGGCUGCCAUAAUUAUUGCCUUGACAUUUGGUGAAAUUGGGAAGAGCACACCAGAGAUGCCCAACUUUCUAGUCCAGCUCUCACAGGUUAAUUGGCCUUCUGUGAUGUUUGCAAUGGCAGGAGGGGUGGUACUUAGCCUUGGAAAUCUCUCAACUCAGUAUGCUUGGGCUUUUGUUGGCUUAUCAGUCACAGAAGUGAUCACUGCAAGCAUAACAGUUGUUAUAGGAACAACCUUGAAUUACUUUUUAGAUGAUAGAAUUAAUAGAGCCGAGAUCCUAUUCCCUGGCGUUGGCUGCUUCUUGGUUGCAGUUUGCCUUGCUUCUGCUGUCCACUCAUCCAAUGCAGCUGAUAAUAAAGAAAAGCUUGAAGGUUUUUCAUCUAAAGAAGGGGAGUUAGAGAUUUCCACUUUGCCAAAUAAGGAUGUGGAAAUGGAAGAUGGCGGUGUCUCUUCUGAGAAGGCUAAAGCUGGGACUGCAGAGUUUCUUGUGCAGCUUGAGAAAAGAAGAGCAAUCAAAGUGUUUGGGAAAAGCACUCUCAUUGGACUGUCCAUAUGUUUCUUUGCUGGCGUUUGCUUUUCUCUAUUCUCACCAGCAUUCAACUUGGCAACAAAUGAUCAAUGGCAUACAUUGAAAGAUGGGGUUCCUCACUUGGUUGUCUACACUGCAUUCUUUUACUUCUCAGUAUCUUGUUUUGUCCUUGCUAUAAUCCUCAACAUCACAUUCCUUUACUACCCUGUGCUGGACUUACCCAAAUCAUCAUUCAAGGCUUAUAUUAAUGACUGGAAUGGCAGAGGCUGGGCCUUAAUGGCCGGUCUGCUCUGCGGGUUUGGCAAUGGUCUCCAAUUCAUGGGAGGCCAAGCUGCAGGGUAUGCUGCAGCAGAUGCUGUUCAGGCACUUCCACUAGUAAGCACUUUCUGGGGAAUUCUUUUGUUUGGAGAAUACAGAAAAUCGUCAAGAAGAACAUAUAUAUUGCUAGUCAGUAUGUUGUCUAUGUUUAUUGUGGCUGUUGCUGUUCUUAUGGCAUCAUCAGGGCAUCGAAAGUAGGAGUCAGCUGCAUACACAACCCGUUGCCUUUGUUUUUGGGUAGUGUUUUGUGUAAAGCAAUAAGUUGGCCGGUGGCUUGAUAAUAAUGUUGUCAAGAUGGCUUCAUAAGCUUUGGUAGGUCCAAUACCCUAUUGGUAUUUGGUCACAAGAGGUUUCUUUUUCAAUGAAAUGAAAAAGAUAAGGUAAAUUAUAUGAAUAUUUGUUGUACAUACAUUCUAAAUUUGUUUCAAAUGUAUUGCUAUUAUUAUUAUUUUGGAGUUUUUGCCUAUGCUUUGGCAAGCAGCUCUGUACAAAAAGAAAUAUAUCUGAUUCUUAAGUUGGUUCAA